GUGUGAAAGUAGCGCGACUUCCAAGAGCCCUACAGCUGAUACUGGUGCCAAGGACUUAACCUGCCUUUGGAAUGAGCUUUGACAAUAAAAUGGAUUAGUUAUGCCGCAACGACAUUUCUAUUGCUCUUUCGUAAGAAGCAAACACAUUUCUAAAGAAACUUGUCAUUUGUCUACAAGAUGCGCUUCAUUUUUAAUUUCUUCAGGAUAGCAAAUCUGCUUCUGCUGUUGGCUGCUGUUUUUAUCGCUGCCUGUGCCAGUGUAACAGUCACUAAGGAUCAAGGUUUUGACUGGACAAAAAUCGAGGGAUUUCUUGAAAAAUAUGGGUAUCUGGAACACGAGAAGACAUUGAGCCAUGACCCGCCUGAAAUUAGAGAUGCCGUUAGGGAAUUUCAGUGGCUGUCCCAUUUGCCCACCACUGGCUCACUGGACAUGACCACUGUACACCAAAUGUCUGAGCCAAGGUGCGGAGUAACCGACAGAAAGAGCCAUAAGGCCUGGCAGGACAGAAUCAGGAGGCUCUUCUUGGGAGGUCAACAUGGACUUCAGCGGACUAAGAGAUACACCAAUCAAGGAGAGAAGUGGUAUAAGCGCCAUCUAACCUACAAAAUUGUGAACUGGCCCAAAUCACUGUCCGAGGCGCAGGUGAAACUGGCUGUAAAGGUUGCCUUUGAACUGUGGAGCAAUGUGUCAGCUCUUGCCUUCUGGGAAGUGGAUGAAGGCCCUGCAGACAUCCGAUUGGCUUUCUACGAUGGCGAACACAAUGAUGGAAGCUCCAAUGCCUUCGACGGGCCAGGUGGUGCUUUGGCUCAUGCUUUCUUUCCCCGAAGAGGAGAAGCCCACUUUGAUAUUACAGAGCGUUGGACCCUCAACAGUCUCAAAGGACGGAACCUCUUCAUUGUUACAGCUCAUGAGAUCGGACACACACUGGGACUUGAGCAUUCUCCGGUAAAAAAUGCUCUUAUGUCGCCCUACUACAAAAAGCUGGGCAAGGAUUUUGUCCUGAGCUGGGAUGACAUUAUGGCUGUGCAACAGAUGUAUGGGAAGCCUUCUAACGGGUCACCUGUACAGCUCUCUGGACGAAUGUUUGCUUCCUUUCUGGACUCUGUGUACAAUAAUGACUUACAGUCUUCUGAAAUUGAGCAGUCUGCUGAAGAUCUUGCCCCUUACUGCCAAACAUUCUUUGAUGCCAUCACCAUGGAUAUGAAUCACACAGUUUACAUCUUCAAGGACGGCCUUUAUUGGACAGUGUCCCCAGAAGGAGAAGUGAGCAGCCCGCAAUACCUCCAAAAGAGGUGGCCUGGACUUCCUCCUGCUAUCGAGGCUGUCUCUGUGUCGAAGGCUGAUGGAAAGAUCUACUUUUUUAAAGGUGGACGGUGUUGGCGUUUUGAUGGUGAAAAUUUAGAUGAACAGUUCCCCCAAAAAAAUGGUAUUAUCGGCCUUCCCCGACACCCCGACUCUGCCUUUCAUUUUCAACCUCUUGGACAUAUGGUGGUUCUAAAAGGCCCUCGCUAUUUUGUAUUUAAUGAAGAAGCUCUUAGGGUUGAGCCCUACUACCCUAGGGGGCUAUCUGACUGGAAGGGUGUCCCUAUAAACACAAAUGGAGUCCUCACCAGGCCAGACGGUCUGCUUUAUUUUUUUAAAGAUGAUCGAUUUUGGAAGUUUGACCCUGUCAAGCUGAAGGUGAUCAGUAGUGGCCAGUGGGCCCAGGAACUAGGGUGGACUGGCUGUAAAAUGAGAAGAGAAGAAGUGUCCAGUAAUGCAAUCAACUGAACUAAAGGGAAUGAAUCUGAUACUGUAACCAAAGAAAUUUGCAAUCACACUUACAGUUUAUUGUGCUUUUUUACUCAAUAAUUGUGUGUGUGUGUAUAUAUGUAUAUAAUUUCAUAAAGUGCUUUUUUGUCAGCACCUUUCUUAAAAGAAUUCAAAAUGAUACCCCUUUGGCCAUUGAAAAUGUGAGGGACACCAAGGUGACUGAGUUACAGCACUGUUUGGUCAAUUUGAUACAAA